CGCACAAGUUGGCUUAUAAACACUAUGUUUCAGAUAAAAACACAACAGUCACAUCCUCAUUUACCUGACUUAGGGGCUUUUAUUCACAAAUCACUUAGAAGGACAAGAUUACCUUCAGAGAUAACCGUCCUCGUUGUGGCCUUAUUAGUUAGACUGAAAUCACGUUGGCCUCAAGCUGCUAGUUCGUCGACAGCAGCUGGACAAGCAGGACAUCGUCUAUGGUUAGCUGCGUUUAUGAUAGCUUACAAGACAAGCAUAGAUGAUUGCUUCUCAAAUGCUAGCAUAGUCGCUCUCUGUCAAGGUAGCUAUAAGCUUUCACAAAUAAACGCGAUGGAACGCGAAUUAUUGAUCUUAUUGGAUUAUCAGACACAUUUUAAUGAUAAGGAAAUACGAGAAACUCGUACCUUAUUUGGUGAUCCACCUCCUAUCCAAGUCUCAGUUGACAAGGAAAUGUCACGUUUAUCCAUCACCAACUCGUAUUGUGAAGAAAGUAAACCAAUACCAGUACAGCUUAAGAGUCAUUUCAGCUCACCAUCAUCGUCGUCGUCGAUAUCAUCCGAUGAAGACAGCUUCUACUGUCAAAGUUCACCUGAUACGAUGCCUGACUAUCACCCAUAUGCUUAUCCGGAGUUUAAAUAAUGCAAAUGUAUUAAAGAUACCCGUAAUCUUUCUCGACUCGUUUAUCAAUCAUGUAACUUAAUAUCCUUUUAAUCUUAAAUAAUAAAAUCAAAUUCC